UGAAGUCACUUCCUGUUGGUGUUGACGCAGAGAACCCCCCGUGACACACCGUGAGGGAGAGUGGUCUGAUCUCAGUAAGUCUGCCAUGUUCUGUGACGUGUGUUCCACUGCUGCUGCUGGACUUUGACCUUUGAACAACCCUGAUGUGUGGCAACACGGUCCCCACAGACACAUGGACGUUCACAUUCAGACUCUAUUCAUCUGUAGAAAGCGUUGUCUUUGGCAGUAACAUGGCCUCCAGCUCCCUGGGCAGACGACUGGUGGCGUGUCUCCUCAACGUUUCCGAGGCUCGCAGGAAAGACCUGGUGGAGACUGUGGCCCAGGCGGCCUUGUACAACGCUGAAGGUGCCAGACGAGAGGGGACCACAGUGCUGAACAUCUUUAAUGAUCAUGACUACAACCGCUCCGUCAUCACCAUCGUGGCCAGCAUCGACUCCAUCAGGGAGGUGGUCCUGGCCGCAUGCGAGAAGGCCUGCGGGCUGAUUGACAUGAGCGCUCACGUGGGGGUCCACCCGUGUAUGGGUGCCGUGGACCUCGUACCCAUAUACCCCCUGGGGGAGGAGGUGCCAGUGGAGGAGUGCGCUGAAGAGGCUCGGGCCGUGGCUCAGGGGCUUACAGAGAGGGUCCCGGGCACCGCGGCCUUCCUGUUCGGCUGGGCCGACUCCCCCCUGCAGCGGGGGCUGGCUCAGAGGAGGAAGGAGAUGGGCUGGUUCAAGAGGACGACCGACCUGCAGGCGAUCCAGGCCGACCUUGGGCCAGAGCCCCGGACGCGGUACGGCCUCACAGGUGUCGGGGCCAGUCCGUAUGUCAUGAACUGCAACGUCACCAUCGACACCCGGGACAUCGCCUUGGGACGCAGCAUCGCCGCAGCCAUUAGAGAGUCGACCCCUGGGGGCCUCCCGGGGGUGCAGGUACUGGCGUUGCCCCAUGAGGGCGCUGUGGAAAUAGCCUGUAAUGUGGAAAGCGUGAAGGGGAGCCCACCGACUCACGUGACGGCAGGUGAGCCCUGGCCGUGUUUCAGCAUCGAAGGACAGCCGUACUGUCACGCUCCGGCCUCUCUCGUCACGGCGAGGGUCUCGGAGCUGGCAGGGAGGCAGGGGGUUGGCACCAAGGGCACGGCGUUGGUGGGGUUCACGCCGCACGAGUGCAGGGGCCUGGCGGAGUUAGCACUGUCUCAAGAAAUUCCUGAGUUCUGGAAAGAGCAGCGCAGGAUCCGUAUGUGAAGACCCACCUGUAUAAAAGUUUCAUGUCACUUCGAUUAUCAAGAUGAAGGAGCGUAUUUUAAACCCAUACGUGAUAUUAUAACUAAUAUACAGUAAUGCUGCCGGGGCUUCGACCACACUGCCAAUGAUCAAAGAAACCAUUGAAAUUAUGGAGGAGCACUGCUCUGUCGUGAAAAUACAAAAAUGUUAUCCAUGCUCAUUUGUUCGGACACAGAGUCUCUGUGGUUGCUGCUGGCAACCGUUUGUCCCCCAGGAUAAUGGAGAGAGCUAAAACGCUACGCUCUUCGGCUUCGGAAGUCGUGCUAGGAUGCCGCUGUCUGUGGUUGGCCAAGUGCAGCAAGGAGCACAGAAUAUUAGACUCACAAACGUCUCAACGCCAAACUCGUCCUCACUGAACUUGUCUGUGCGAAGGAAACAAUACAGAGUCAUGAGCUAAUUGUUCUUUGAUCGUCCACAGCAUGUUUAAUGGCAUCAGUCCGAGUAUUUCACUUAAUAAGCCCAAAAGAUUAAUACUCCACUGUUGUAACAGUAAGUGAGUGAACACGAACUGUAAUUGUAAUUGACAAUGUUACGGUGAAUAAAUACUUUAUCCGUUCAA